AUGAAGCGGCUUCUCUACGACAUGAAGGAUAUAUCAGUCGCACCGUAUGGAGAAUACUGGAGGCAAUUGAAAAGCAUUUUUGUUCUCCAUCUCUUGAGCAACAAAAGGGUACAAUCAUUUCAUGUCAUAAGGGAAGAAGAGACAGCAUUGCUGAUGGAAAAGAUUAAGGAAUCAUGUCAUUCUUCAUUGCCAUUAAAUCUGAGUGACUUGUUUAUGGCGAUUACGAAUGACAUUGUUUGUAGAUCAGCUUUCGGGAGGAAGUACAGGGAUGGGGCGAAUGGGGAGAAAUUUCUGAAGCUGAUUACCGAAUUUUUGGAGCUUUUAGGGAGUAUUAAUGUUGGAGAAUUUAUUCCAUGGCUGGCGUGGAUUAGUCGUGUUAAUGGAUUUGAUGCUAGAGUGGCUUAUGUUGCUAAACAGCUUGACGAAUUUCUUGAAGGAGUGAUUGAAGUACACUUGGAAAACGGUGUUGAAAAUCAUAGUGGAAAGGAUGAAAGUAACGAGAAUUUUGUUGAUAUUCUGCUUGGGAUUUACAAGGACAAUAAGACUGGUGUUUCCAUUGAUAGAGAUACUAUCAAAUCAAUAAUUUUGGAUGUCUUUGCUGCUGGAACAGAUACCUUAUCCGUAGUUCUAGAAUGGGGAAUGACGGAGCUAUUUAGGCACCCGAGAAUCAUGAAAAAGCCCGAAUCUAGCGUUUUCCGGCGGCUUCUUUACGACAUGAAGGAUUUGUCAGUUGCCCCAUAUGGAGAAUACUGGAGGCAAUUGAAAAGCAUAUUUGUACUCCAGCUUUUGAGUAACAAAAGGGUACAAUCAUUCCAUGCUAUAAGGGAAGAAGAAACGGCCUUGAUGAUGGAAAAAAUUAAGGAAUCGUUUCUUUCUUCAUCGCCGUUGAAUAUGAGUGAUUUGUUUACGGCAAUCACAAACGACGUUGUUUGUAGGUCAGCUUUCGGGAGGAAAUACAGGGACGGGGCUGUUGGGGAGAAAUUUCUGAAGUUGAUUACUGAAUUUUUGGAACUUUUGGGGACUAUUAGUAUUGGAGAAUUCAUUCCAUGUCUGGCGUGGAUUAAUCGUGUUAAUGGUUUCGAUGCUAGAGUAGAUUUUGUUGCUAAAGAACUUGAUGAGUUUCUUGAAGGAGUGAUUCAAGAACACUGGGAUAUGGAAAAUUCAAGUGGAAAUGAUGAAAGUAAAGAGUGUUUUGUAGAUAUUCUGCUUAAGAUUUACAAGGACAAAACCACUGGUGUAUCCAUUGAUAGAGAUAGUGUCAAAGCCAUAAUUUUGGAUGUAUUUUCUGCUGGAACUGAUACCACAUCCACAGUUCUAGAGUGGGCAAUGACAGAACUCUUAAGGCACCCAGUAGUUAUGAAAAAGUUGCAAAAUGAGGUGAGGGGUGUUCUCAAUGUAAAACAUAACAUAACAGAUGCUGACUUAGAGAAAAUGCAUUAUUUGAAAGCUGUAGUGAAGGAAACUCUACGAUUCUUCAAAGCCAUAAUUUUGACUUCAGAUGGAUUACUUGUUAAGAGGUCAGCAGCUAGCAUGCUUAAUGGAAAGAAGAUUGUUCAAACAAUUCCUGCUAAUAAGAAAGCAGCAUCUGUGAAAUCCAGCAUCAAUAAGAAAGGUGAUGGAGGUGGACAGUCAAAAAGUUCCAAGCCAGCAGAAAUGAGCCUUGAAGAGAUUGAAAAUAAAUUAGGCUCCCUUAUUCAAGCAGAUACAGUUGCGCAGUUGAAGAGUGCUGUGUGGAAAGAGCGGCUUGAAGGAUCGUACCCUCCGAAGCAUGUGUUGAAAAGAACUAUAGUUUUGAUUCUUUUGACGUACUCAUAUGUCAAAGAAACUAAAGCAAUGCAGAUCAUAUUCAAAGAUGAAGGGAAAGCCAUGGGUGGGGGGCCCGAAUCUAGCGUUUGCCGGCGGCUUCUUUACGACAUGAAGGAUUUGUCAGUUGCCCCAUAUGGAGAAUACUGGAGGCAAUUGAAAAGCAUAUUUGUACUCCAGCUUUUGAGUAACAAAAAGGUACAAUCAUUCCAUGCUAUAAGGGAAGAAGAAACGGCCUUGAUGAUGGAAAAAAUUAAGGAAUCGUGUCUUUCUUCAUCGCCUUUGAAUAUGAGUGAUUUGUUUACGGCAAUCACAAACGACGUUGUUUGUAGGUCAGCUUUUGGGAGGAAAUACAGGGACGGGGCUAUUGGGGAGAAAUUUGUGCAGUUGAUUACUGAAUUUUUUGAACUUUUGGGGACUAUUAGUAUUGGAGAAUUCAUUCCAUGGCUGGCGUGGAUUAAUCGUGUUAAUGGUUUCGAUGCUAGAGUAGAUUUUGUUGCUAAAGAACUUGAUGAGUUUCUUGAAGGAGUGAUUCAAGAACACUGGGAUAUGGAAAAUUCAAGUGGAAAUGAUGAAAGUAAAGAGAGUUUUGUAGAUAUUCUGCUUAAGAUUUACAAGGACAAUACCACUGGUGUAUCCAUUGAUAGAGAUAGUGUCAAAGCCAUAAUUUUGGAUGUGUUUGCUGCUGGAACUGAUACCACAUCCACGAAAUUUGACUGGGAAUUGCCUAAUGGAGCAAAAGGAGAGGAUUUGGAUAUGAGUGAACGCCCAGGUGUUUCAAUCCAUAGAAAAGUUCCUCUUUUGGCUGUUGCAACUCAAUGCUAUCUCUAA